AUUCAGAUUCAGAAUCAAUGUGUACUCAGAUUUACAUUAAUAAAUUAGUGAAGUUUUGUGUGUUUUUAGAUGCACAUUGACAAAUGUCCUUUUUUUUAAUCAAUGCCUCACUUUUGUGGCAGUAUACUAUGCCAUAGAAAAUACUAGUUCUGAAUGAAAAUGUGUUUUUUUUUGUCAAAACUUUGGAAGUGUUCUCUAUAAAAUACAAUACAAUACAUGCUGAUUUAUAUAGCGCUUUCACAACAGUUGACACACACAAUUGAUGGCAAGUGCAGAUUGCUAAGGGCCUUAUCUUUACUGCGUAAAAUUCUGUAUCUUCUCAGACAGUUUAGUCGGAGAUAGCUCAAAUCUUGCUGAGGAAGCCUCCCCUCAAGUCCAUCCUAUAGUGCAAUGUACAGAAUGAUUAAUGAAUUGUAAAAAAAAAACGUGCUUACCGGUAGUCUAAAAUCAACACCGUCCGUCUAUGACAGUUUCAUCAGCAUGUUUCGCAAAAAAAUCGUAAUCAUUUCUAACGAUACUGACAUACACUGCUGUAAUAUGGAAUUUUAAAAAAAGACACCCCAUCCAUCCAUUUUCUAAUCCGCUUUAUCUUCACAAGGGUCUCGGGCGGGCGUGCCGUAGCCUAUCCCAGCUCUCUUCGGGCAGUAGGCGGGGGACACCCUGAACUUGUUUGCCGGCCAAUCGCAGGGCACACAGAGAUGAACAACCAUCACCUAGGCAACCCAUAAACUGUAUAUUUAUUCGGGUUCUCGUUUAAAAAAAAUAGCAUUUCUGCAUUUCGUUAAACAUUGUGAAGGUCAAAUGAGCACUUUUCUGGUGACUGUAUAUUGUGUCGCUGUCAUCGAAACACAAGACAAUGUAAAUCUGCCAUGUCAAUGAGGAGUGUUCAUACAUGUGUUAAUGACUGAUGUUUAAAAUGUGAUUUUUAACAUGACCUUCUCCAUUACAAAACUAAAUCAUACUGUGAGGUGUUCCUUAUGUUUCAUUAUGCUGUUUGACUGCGUUGUACUAGUGGGGCAACCUCCUCUGUAAAUGAUAAUGAUGCUGCUGUGAUUGUACAGCUCCCAUUAAGAAGGUCCAAAUAUUUGAUAUUAUGAUGUUUUAAUAUUGGGCAGUACUGUAGUUAGUUUUUCAGCCUAAAAAUUGGUCUACCAGAAGUUGUGUUUCCACCAAAAAUCCAAAUGAUGAAGUAGUCCUUUGCAUUUUCAUAAGAGGACUUCAUGUAUUCUUUAUCUCAAAGCAAUGCAAAGAUGAUAACGCUUAGUGAAAAUGUAUGAAUGUGCAAAUGCAAUUUGAAUAUUCUUUGAAGUUACAAAUCUCUGCAUUGUGCUUUGACCUUCCAGCGCUUAAGCAAAUCAGUCCCUAUCUGGCCCUUUUGUUCUCGUCUUUUUCUACCAUUAAGUUUUAUCAUCGUUCCAAAUGCUUGCGCACCUUUGCUCUUCACAGACAUGCAACAUGCAGCUUGCCUUGCCGGUUUUAUCACAGCUUUGACCUUGACAUGCGAUAACAAUGUCAAUUACAGAUUUAAUCUUUGAUUGUAGGAUCUAAUUGAGGAUGUGAUAAUACUGACUUGAAUUGGCUGCCCGCUACCGUCAUUUUUGUCCACAGAUUUUGUGACCACAGGUUUGUUUGUGAACAACAAAACACUACACCCAUCGGAAUCAUACCGAUGAUGGUCUAAUGUGGUUUCCUAAUCAAGGCCCCUGUUUUACAUUAGAAAAAUGUCAUGGUACACCGCAAAAGAAAGAAAACAAAUAUGAAUACUAAAAUAAUAACGCCCUUGUCUAAAGUCACAGUGGACUAUGUAUAAAUCGACCGAGUCAUCUAUGCUGCAUGUCAUACGUAAGCAUAUUCGACAAUAAAGAUGACCUUGACCUUGAAAUUUAGGCCUUUUUCAUUUUGAUAUUGGCGACUGUACUUGCAAAAAAUCAUGACUUGUUCUGUUGUGUGAAUGGCAACAGGUAACUGCACAGUGCACACUUUUGUCACAACAGUGCUGGCAUAGAUCAUGUUAUAAAGAUAUCAUCUAUUUGCAGAGGCACAGCCAGAAAAGCUUGGGUGGGGAGAGGAACCCAUGACUGUGGAUGGGAUGACAAACACUGACUUCUCUGCCAUGUUGUUUACCCACUAUUGUGUGGAGGUCGUUGUGAUUAAUGAUUGACUGAUUCCAGGUUGCAUCCACAUUAUUCUUUCAACAUGUGUCCAGUAUUUAAAAAAAAAAAAAAAAACUGCGUCCGAGUAUCAAUGUGUUUAAGCAUACAGUACUACAACCAUGUGAACAUAGUACAAAAAUACCAGCUAUCACAAUUUUCCGUGGUGUGGAGGUCUCCACGUUGCUCCGUCCUGUGUAUUUGUAAUUCAUAAAUCGUCUAUCCAUCCAUUUUCCGAUCCGCUUUAUCCUCACAGGUGGUGCUGGAGCCUAUACCAGCAGUCUUUGGGCAGUAGGUCGGGGACACCCUGAACCCUAACACCCUGGUUGCUAGCCAAUCGCAAGGCAGAUAGAGAGAAACGACCAUCCACGCUCACACUCACACCUAUGGACAAUUUGGAGUGUUCAAUCAGUUUUUAGAAUGUGGGGGGGAAACCGGAGUACCCGGAGAAAACCCACGCGGGCCCCGGGGAGAACAUGCAAACUCCACAAAGGAAGGCUGGAGCCAGGAUCGAACGCAGGACCUCUUCACUGUCAGGUUGAUGCGCUAACCACUGGACCACCGGGCCUCACAAAUCAUUUUCGUACAAAUUAAUCAAAUUAAUGGAAAUUGGAAAAUUUAUCCCUGACGAUAUCUACACCAUGCGGGUCUGCCACAUCACGCUUGUACAGACUUGGCAUGUGGAUAAUUUAUAGCCCCGACGGUGUGUGCAGCAGAAACAAGUUUCCUGCAGGAAGCUCACUGAUAAUAAUGACCUGAUUGAAAUUUGUUCACAUUUUAUUUGAUCUCUGCAUAGUUUCAGAAUGGUCGUGUACAGGGUGUGGUUGAUAUUCCAGAUUCUGCCAGUUGGUCCGUAUCUCCCGGCAACCCUAUCAACAUCCCUCUCAAGUUAAUCAUCAGACACAGUUAUUGAUCAUCCAUAACUGCCAUUGGCCAGGCCUGGAAUCAGACCAGAUAAGACAUUGACAUCAUAGGAGUGCUGAAACUGUCAUGUCAGGAUGUUUGUGCAUUCCCAGCUGUGAACAGUAAGCGGGAAGACAGGCAGACAGGACGACACGGACUUCAAGUGGAUGUUCAAAUGCAGUGACAAAAGUGAUUAAACUGUGCUCGAAGACCUUUUUGUAGCUGAAACAGCAAAAGUCAUGCGUCUUGUCGCAGCCCUGAUCGCUUUUCUGACAUGCACGGUGCUGUCACAGGCUGAGCAUCGAAUCGGCUACUGUGCUUUCUACGAAGAAUGUGGCAAAAACCCUUCACUGGGAAACCACACCCUCAUCCCUGCCAUGGUCCCGUGCCGAAAUUAUAGCCGAGCCCGGGAAGUGACGGGAGAACACUACCAUAAACUCAAAGAGGUGUGUCCCAUGCUGGACAAGGGACCUAACAGCACCCUUGCCUGUUGCUCCAUGAAGCAGCUGAAAUCCUUGGAAGCGAGUUUGAGUUUAUCAAAGGCCCUGCUGGUGCGCUGCCCUUCUUGUGCCGAAAACUUUGCCCACCUGCACUGCAUCAACACCUGCAGCCCAAACCAGAGCCAGACAGUCAAAGUCACAAAGGUCAUGAAUGUUACUACCCGCCCAAAUAUCACCAACGAGGCCGUGGUGGCGUACCAAGCAUAUCUCGCCACCAGCUUUGCAGACGCCGCCUUUCAGUCGUGUCAAAAUGUCCGGAUCCCCGCCACUGGAGGUUUCGCCAUCGCCACCAUGUGCGGCCGCUACGGUGCCAAGCUGUGCACCCCCCAGCGCUGGUACGACUUCCAGGGAGAUACGAGCAACGGUCUGGCCCCACUGGACAUUGAUUUCAGACUCAUAAAACCCGGAGAAGUAGAGGGAGUACCCGAGGGUGUGAUUCCCUACAAGGGGCGAGCUUUGAAGUGCAAUGAGACCACGCCUUCCGGCGGUCAGGUGUGCUCGUGUCAGGACUGCAAAGAAUCAUGCCCUGUCCUUCCACCUCCCCCGCUGCCACCAGGACCCUUCAGACUUUUGGGCACAGAUGGCUUCCUUGUCAUUUCUAUCAUCUUAUUCUGUCUCCUGAUCUUUUCCUUCCUCUUCUUCCUCUUGGUCUCUUGUUUGGUCAAGUCGCAGAAGAAGCAGGAUCAAGAGAAGAAGAAGAAGAAAGGCAAAGAUCAGAACUGUAAUGAUGUCAGUCAGCGGGUCAUUCAUCCAGCAGAGGUGUCGUGCGCCGACAGGAACAGCAUGGCUGCUCAGGCCUUCCUUAGCUCCGCGUUUCAGAAAUGGGGAACAUUCAUGGCUACCUAUCCCCUCAUGGUGCUCCUGGUGUCGGCUGUGGUUGUCGUGGGCUUCGCCACCGGCCUCAUAUUCAUUGAGCUCACCACUGACCCAGUGGAGCUCUGGUCAGCUCCUAACAGCCGAGCUCGUCAGGAGAAGGACUUUCAUGACAAACACUUUGGCCCUUUCUUCAGGACCAACCAGCUGAUUUUGACAGCACCAGGCAGGAAAGGUCACAUUUAUGACUCUUUGCUCUUUGGACUGCAUAACUUUAGCGGCCUCGUUUCCAAAGACCUCAUCAUUGAGUUGGUGCUUCUCCAGAAAAAAAUACAGAACAUUGAGUUCUGGUCAGAGGACCUAAAUCGCACAGCAAGUCUGAAGGACGUGUGCUUUGCGCCGCUGAAUCCCAACAACCCCUCCCUGACCGACUGCGCGCUCAACAGUCUGCCGCAAUACUUCCAAAACAGCCUGGACAACAUCAAUGCCAAGGUGAACAUGACUAAACUGGGGGUGACCAAAGAGGUGGAUUGGCGAGAUCACCUCAUCUACUGCUUCAAUUCGCCUCUAUCGUUCAAAGACAUCACUGAUUUAGGACUGAGCUGCAUGGCUGACUAUGGCGCUCCGGUCUUUCCCUUCCUGGCUGUCGGCGGCUACCGGGGUGACGAGUACACCAAUGCGGAGGCUUUCAUUUUGACCUUCUCCCUCAACAACUAUCCACGAACCAACGUCAAGUUCAAUGUGGCCUUGCAAUGGGAGAAUGAGUUUCUGAAAAUUGUCCAAGACUACCAGAGAGACCCAUCCACCAACUUUACGUUUGCAUACAUGGCAGAGAGGUCACUGGAGGAUGAGAUCAAUCGGACGACUGCAGAGGACAUUCCCAUCUUCAUGAUCAGUUACGCCGUAAUCUUUGUUUACAUCGCUGUCGCUCUGGGGGAGUAUUCUUCUUGGAGACGCAUACUGGUGGACUCAAAGUUUCUAGUGGGUCUCGGUGGGAUUUUGGUGGUUGCAUGCUCGGUGCUGGCAUCCAUGGGCUUCUACUCUUGGAUCGGCAUUCCGUCCUCCUUGGUCAUCCUGCAAGUGGUACCGUUCCUGGUGCUUGCUGUUGGAGCUGACAACAUCUUCAUCUUUGUUCUGGAGUACCAGAGAGAUGUGCGGAGGCCCGGAGAGGAAAGAGAGCAGCAGAUCGGACGCGUGCUUGGAAACGUUGCUCCCAGCAUGCUCCUGUGCAGUCUCUCUGAGUCUGUCUGCUUCUUUUUAGGGGCCCUGUCCACCAUGCCCGCAGUGAAGACCUUUGCUUUGUACGCCGCUUUGGCUGUGCUUAUGGACUUUGUUCUCCAGAUGACAGCGUUUGUGGCACUGCUGUCGCUGGAUGCCCGGCGCCAAGACAACAACCGCUGUGAGCUGCUCUGCUGCGUCACCGUAGCCACCCAGAAAUCCAACCAGCCCAACGAGGGCUUCCUGUUGCCCCUCAUGAGGAAGUACUACGCCCCCGUACUGCUGAACCGUUACAUGAGAUUCAUCGUGAUGUUGGUGUUCCUCUUCAUGUUCAGUGCUUCUGUGUACCUGAUGUUCAACGUAACAGUGGGUCUAGAUCAGGAGCUGGCUAUGCCCAAGGGCUCAUAUAUGCUGGAUUAUUUCCAGUAUUUAUACAAAUAUUUGGAAGUCGGAGUCCCGGUUUAUUUUGUAACAAAACGAGGCUUCAAUUUUACCUCAGAAGAGGGCAUGAACGCCGUGUGUUCCAGUGUGGGCUGCGACCAGUUCUCAAUGAUCCAGAAGAUUCAACAUGCCGCCAAUCACCCCGAACAGUCAUACAUUGGCAUCUCUGCAAACUCCUGGGUAGAUGAUUUCAUUGACUGGUUGAACCCGGGAUCCAGAUGUUGUCGACUUUAUACCAUUGGUCCAAAUUCUGGAAAGUUCUGUCCUGCAGACAAACAUUCUUUACUCUGUGGACAAAAGUGUAUGGCAAAGCCUUCAAAUGGCGUCCUGCGGCCCACCGAGGAACAGUUCAACCGCUUUCUUCCUAACUUCUUGGGUAAUAGGCCUGACCUGCAGUGCCCCAAAGGAGGACUAGGAGCCUAUGAUACGGCUGUGGUGAAAGACGACAGCGGAGAAAUUAUUGCCUCUCGCUUCAUGGCUUACCACACACCUCUGACCAACUCUCAGGAGUUCACUGCGGCACUGCUGAGGGCCAGAGAGCUGGCCUACGACAUCACUCAGGGCAUGCUCAAGAUAAAUGGAACCUCUCCGGACUUUGAAGUCUUCCCUUACACGGUGACCAACGUUUUCUACGAGCAGUACCUGACGAUCGUACCAGAGGGUCUCUUCAACAUCUCACUGUGUCUGCUGCCAACAUUUGUUGUGUGCUGUCUGCUUCUGGGCUUGGACCUGCGCUCCGGUCUACUCAACCUCAUCACCAUCAUCAUGAUCACUGUGGACACUGUUGGGGUCAUGACACUCUGGGGAAUCCAUUACAAUGCCGUGGCCCUCAUUAACCUGGUUACAGCAGUGGGCAUUUCUGUGGAAUUUGUGUCCCACAUGACGAGAUCGUUUGCUCUCAGCAUAAAGCCCACACAUGUGGAGCGAGCCAAAGAGGCCACCGCCAACAUGGGCAGUGCAGUGUUUGCUGGUGUUGCGAUGACCAACCUGCCCGGCAUCCUUGUUUUGGCCUUUGCCAAAGCGCAGCUUAUCCAGAUCUUCUUCUUCCGCCUCAAUCUGGUCAUCACACUUCUGGGGAUGGCUCACGGCCUCAUCUUCCUCCCUGUGGCGCUUAGUUACUUUGGGCCCGGUGUGAAUAAAGCCAUGCUGGUGCAAAUGCAGCAAGCACAGGCAAAGACCCGCCAGGAAUUGGAGCUGACAAACAACAUGAGACAAUUCUAUGCUAACAUGAGCUAUGAAGACGAUGAGACAAAGGAGGAGCCACACGCCAAUGCUACAAAGGCUACCGUGUAUACCGAAGUCCCACCACCGAGUGUGAAACACAAACCGGAAGAGAAAAUUGAUUAUUUUUGA